AUGUAUUUGAGUGACAAUUUGAGUGAAAAAUAAAAUUUCACGUUUUUUGAUGAGAAUUUCAUCUCAAAGAUGAUUCUGCAAGUUAGAUGAUAAAAUAGUGUAACAUCGUGUUGUGAUAAUAAGUCAAAGCAAGGUUGCUGCUGCUGUCAACAUAUUCGAAACCAAUAGCCACUAGCCAGAGAUCUAUGAACUUUUUAUGAUAAAUCCAACUUUUCCACAAUGAAUUCCCUAAGAAUAUUAAUUUUUGCGAUUCUGGUCAUUUCGACAUCGCAACAAAAUUCCAACGAUCCAAAUGUUGUUGCUGACAAAUUUCUCAAAGAAGUCAAUGAACGAUUAGCUGUUCUUUAUAAUAACCAACAAGAAUACAGUUGGCGGGAAGAAGUUACUGAUCCAAAAGAACUACCCGAAAGUGUUGAAGAUCCAAUUUUUCAAACAAUGGAUUACAUUAGUAAAAUAGCCAAUCAAGUUUCAAAGUUUAAACGAGUUAAAGUGACAAAUCCUCAUCUACAAAGGCAAUUAAAACAAAUUCCUGAUCCUGGCUAUGAUGCAUUGGAUGAUAGUGAUCAAAUGCAAAUACAUGAAAUUGUUGGUAAUAUGAGUGAAAUCUAUAAGAAUGUUGGAUUGUGUUCGUUUGCGGAUCCAAAUAAUUGUACAUUGAGACUGAUACCGGAAGUUCAAGAAAUUAUUCAAGAUUCGACAAAUGUUGAAGAGUUGAAAUAUUAUUGGUUGGAGUGGCGAGAGAAGACGGGUUCCAAGAGCAAAUAUUCAUUUGAGAAAUUUGUUGAUUUGUAUAGGAAAACUGCUAAUUUGAAUGGCUACUCAAGUCCUUCUGACUUUUGGCUUCGAGACAUCGAAGGCGAACCUGGUGAAAUCAUUGCCACCCUGGAUAAAAUCAUGUUGAUCCUGCGACCAUUAUUCCUGCAGUUCCAUGCUUUUGUCAGAUCGGCCUUGAGACUUAGAUAUGGACCAGAACUGAUCAGAUACAAUGAGCCUUAUCCUCAACACCUUGCUGAAAAAUUCAUUGGCAGCGCCUAUCGGGACAUGAAUGGCGAUUGGACAAUUGAUUUGCCUUAUCCCUCAGUUGGCCUUGCCAAUAUAACAGCUGGUCUUCAGAAUCAAGGUAUAACAACACCUUAUGGCUUAACAGAAACAGUUGCUAGAUUCUAUACAUCAAUUGGAAUGCCACCAAUUCCACAAUCAUUCUGGGUCCAAAAUGCUAAACCAAAGUUUGAGGUCGAUGAACGUUUAAUGACUUGUUGGUCAAAAACUUGGAAGUACUACAAUUCUGACCAAAUUAAGCUGUCCUAUUGUCCAAUGGCCGAUGAGGAACGUUAUAUGAAUAUGUUUGAAGUUCUUUCAGACUAUUACUACUUUAAAUCCUAUCAAGGUCUUCCAACUUUAUUGCAAGAAGAACCAUUACCAAAUUUUGGUGAAGCAAUUGGUAAAGCUUUAACUUUGUCAGCAACAUCACCUAGAUUUUUGGCAAAAACUGGACUUGCUAGUGCGGAUUAUGGUAGCUAUGAAGGGAGGAUUAAUCGACUUUAUUUGCUGGGUCUUCGAAACGUAUUUCUCAUUCCAAUCUUUUACGUUCUUGAUAAAUAUCGAGUUGAUGUGCUAGAUAAUCGCAUUCAUAAUUUGGAUAAUUGCGCCUUUUGGGAACUUACUGAGAAAUUCACUGGAGCCAAACCUCCAGUUCAGCGAAGUCGUGAACAAUUUGAUGCGCCGUCGAAAUUAUUACUCGAAGUUGAUGAUAAUUAUUCAAGUCCAAUUAUGAGUAUCAUUUUACAAUUUCAAAUUUACAAACGACUUUGUGAGAAAACUGGUCAAUAUCGAAGGGAUAAUCCUGACUAUCCAUUGGAUUUGUGUGAUCUUUCAGAUCAGAAGGAAAUUGGACCAUUGAUAUUAAAUGCAAUGUCACUGGGAUCCUCUAAAUCAUGGAAAGAAGUGCUUUACACACUAACUGGUGAUAGUCAAUUGGAUGUUUCAGGAUUUUUAGAAUUCUUUAAACCACUUUACGGUUGGUUGCAGUCAAUUAAUCAAGCUAAUAAAGAAGAAAUUGGCUGGGUUGAAUCAAACCAAUGUUUUUGAUGAAAUAUGAGCAAUGAACCAAACUACUAAACUACUACCUUCAUUAGUUAUAAUUUAAAUGUUGUAUAUUAUCUAGGGUAUCUUUUUAGUUUAAUAAUAAUAUAAUUUAUAAAUUAAGAACAAAUUCUGAUAAGAAAAUAAAGAGAAAA